AUGUCCCACUACUGCCGCGUUAGCGACGGCGAGCUGCGCGAGGGAGCUCGUCGUGUUCCCCGUUACGCCCCGUCGCCCCGCAUCCCGUUGCAUUUCCUGUCACCCCCGGCAAUCGUUGUGGGGGGGAGAGGGAAGAAGGGAAGGGAGUGGCGGCGGAACGCUGUGGGGGGAGAGGGAAGAGGGGAUGGGAGUGGCGGUGGAACGCUGUUGGGGGGAGAGGGAAGAGGGGAAGGGAGUGGCAGCGGAACGCCAGUGAUGAUUGCCAGCGCACCGGCGAGUGCUCCAUCGCUCACGCACCGCCUCCUGCUGCAGCGCGUCGCCCGCGCACUGCCCUGCCUCUCCCCUCCCGCGGUUGCCGCUGUGGGGGGGAGGUGGAGGGGAUGGGGGUGGAGGGUUAGCCGCCGUGAGAAGAACCCCGUCAUCCGUCUUCACCCCGUCUGCAACCCGCCCCGUCCUGCUCCACCGUCAAAUCCCGCCCCCUACCGUCAGAUCCUGCCCUCCACCAUCAAAUCACCCCCUCCUACUGUCAGAAACCGCCCUCCACCGUCAGAUUUCGCCCCUCCCAUGUCUCCCGCUCCGUUUCCUACAGGAGGGGGAGGCGGAGGGGUGCUGGCCCUCGUGCCCCACCCAUUACACCCGUGCUGUCCGUACCCAGUUGUGCCCCACCCGUCUCACCCGUGCUGUCCGUACCCGGUUGUGCUCCACCCGUUUCACCCUUCUUGCUCGUGCCCCACCCGGUCUAUGCUGCCCGGUCUCGCGCUGGCCAUCACCCCCGUGCGGCCUGUCCCGUACAUCACCUAG